AUGACCCAGGAACCUCUCACGAAUCUGGUCGCUCCUAGCACACCUCAGUUAUCCCCUCAGGAGGAGCAGGAGAAGCUGCUGGAGGAGGCCCUCAGUGUGGUUAAGAACCAGGCCUUCCAGAUGAAGAGAUGUCUGGACAAAGGGAAGCUGAUGGAUGGGUUAAAACAUGCCUCUAAUAUGCUGGGAGAAUUGAGAACUUCUAUGCUCUCGCCAAAAAGCUACUAUGAACUCUAUAUGGGAAUCUCAGAUGAGCUGCGUCACCUGGAGAUGUACUUAGUGGACGAGUUCCAGAAAGGCAGGAAGGUGGCUGAUCUGUAUGAGCUGGUCCAGUACGCUGGCAACAUUGUACCCAGGCUGUAUCUGUUGAUAACAGUGGGUGUGGUAUACAUCAAGUCAAAUGAGCUGUCACGUAAGGACAUUCUCAAGGACCUGGUGGAAAUGUGCCGUGGCGUCCAGCACCCACUGAGGGGCCUCUUCCUGCGUAACUACCUCCUCCAGUGCACCAAAAACGUCUUACCAGAUGUUGAAGAGGAACAGAGUAAGACAGAGUUGGAGUCUGGCACAGUGAAGGAUUCCAUUGACUUCAUCUUGCUGAACUUCUCCGAGAUGAACAAGCUGUGGGUGAGGAUGCAGCAUCAAGGUCACUCCCGUGACAAAGACAAGAGAGAGCAGGAGAGGCGUGAACUGAGGAUUCUUGUUGGCACAAACCUUGUGAGACUGAGUCAGCUCGAGUGUAUCAACAUGGACAGUUACAAAAAGGUGGUGCUGUCAGGUGUCCUGGAACAGGUGGUUAGCUGUAAGGAUGCUAUAGCUCAGGAGUAUCUUAUGGAGUGUAUUAUUCAGGUGUUCCCAGAUGAUUUUCACCUGCAGUGCCUGAAUGCAUUCCUGCGGGCGUGUGCUGAACUUCACCCUGAUGUCAAUGUUAAGAACAUCAUCAUCGUUCUGAUAGACAGACUUGCCCAGUUUGCUCACAGUGAAGAAGGAUCGGGGAUUCCCUCUGAUAUCCAACUCUUUGACAUCUUCUCACAGCAAAUUGCACAAGUCAUUCAGAACCGACCAGACAUGCCCCCUGAGGACAUAGUAUCCCUGCAGGUGGCCCUCAUUAACCUGGCUCUCAAGUGUUACCCAGACAAAGUGGACUACGUGGACAAAGUGCUAGAAACCACGGAGGAGAUCUUCAACAAGAUGAACCUGGAUCACUUGGAGCACGGCAGUCCAGUGUGGAAAGAGCUACAGAGGCUGAUGAAGAUCCCCAUAGACUCCUACGACAACAUUCUGACUGUUUUACAACUGGGGCACUACGGGCCAAUGUUUGAGUACUUUGACUUCAAGGGGCGUAAAGUCAUGAGUGCGUAUCUCAUCAACAACGCACUGGAGAGCGAGACCAAGAUUCCCAGUCAAGAUGAGGUGGAUUCAAUCCUGAAUAUUGUGAAUGUGUUAAUACAAGACCAGAACGAUCAACCUGAGGAACCAGAUGAUCCAGAGGACUUUGCAGAAGAGCAAGGCCUGAUGGGAAGGUUUAUACAUCUCCUCCAAUCAGAUGAUCCUAACCAACAGUUUCUGAUUUUAAACACAGCUCGUAAACAUUUUGGUGCAGGCGGGGAUCAGAGAAUUAAGUAUAGCCUGCCACCAAUUGUCUUUGCGGCUUAUAGACUGGCGUUUAAAUACAAGGAGCUGAAGGAUGAGGAUGAAAACUGGGAAAAGAAAUGUCAGAAAAUCUUCCAGUUCUGCCAUCAAACAAUUGGGGCUCUUAUCAAAGCUGAGCAGGCCGAGAUUCCACUGAGGUUAUUCCUCCAGGGGGCGCUGGCAGCGGGGCAGAUCGGCUUUGAGAACCAUGAGACAAUGGCCUACGAAUUCAUGUCACAGGCUUUCUCUCUGUACGAGGAUGAAAUCAGCGACAGUAAAGCACAGCUGGCGGCCAUCACGCUGAUCAUUGGGACGUUUGAGAGGAUGUCCUGUUUUGGGGAGGAGAAUCAUGAGCCUUUGAGGACACAGUGUGCUCUGGCUGCCUCUAAACUGCUGAAGAAACCGGACCAAUGUAGGGGUGUAGCCGUGUGUUCUCAUCUGUUCUGGUCGGGCAAGUCGGCUGGACAUGAAGGAGAGAUGCAGGAUGGGAAGCGUGUAGUGGAGUGUCUCAAGAAAGGCCUGAGGAUAGCUAACCAGUGUAUGGAUAGCUCUGUGCAAGUCCAGCUCUUUGUCGAGUUACUCAACCAUUACAUCUACUUCUUUGAGAAAGGCAAUGAUCAGGUAACUGUGCAGGUAAUCAGUCAGUUAAUUGGAAAGAUCAAAGAAGAUGUUCCAAACUUGGAGGCCAAUGAAGAGACGGAGCAAAUCAAUAAGCAUUUCCAGAACACAUUGGAACACCUGCAGCUACGACUGGACUCUAAAGACUCUGAAGGUCCUAUGUACAAAGGCUUGACUCUCUGAUGAGGCAGGGAGGGAGGGAGGCAGGACUGCUGACAAGUGUGGCUCUUGCAGAUGCAUUGUGGGGAUGGGCAAAUCAUGACCUGUGCCGCGGAUGAUUCCUAGUGGUGUGCAAACACUUCAGAGCAAAGCUGGACAAUAUGGGAGAAUUCUACUAUUGUGGCAAGCCUGUGUUAUUGGAUUGGUUGAUUUCAUUUUGAAGUAUCUGCCUCGUUACAUGCCAGAGUAUUUGAAAACGUUACUCUAUAGGAAUGUCAGUGUUCUGUGAAAACCAUGUGUAGAUGAACCAGUCAGUUGCCUUGUUUUCAUAAUAGUAAAAAUGUACAUGUAUGUGAAUAUCAGCAUUCUCUGACCACCAGGCCAGUCUUUUCCUUUGUGUUUAGAAUCUACUUCUGCAAACUCUCACGGGUUUCCCCCAGGUUCUGCCCAGUUUCCUUCCCACCAUAAUGCUGGCUGUUGUCGUAAAAGUGUAAAACUCCAAAAAAAAAAUCAAAUAAACAAAUAACAUUGCCACAGAAAGGAUGCAUAGGAAUUAUCAGUGUACAUAUGUGUAUAUGCCAUCACCAUGUUAUGUUAGGUGUUCAUUUGUGUUAAGUAUCUGCUUUAUUGCAUGCCAAAAUAAAGCCCUGUGAAAAUGUUAGUAUACUGUGACAAGCACGCUUUGGUAUAAAAUAUAUCUGUUUCAUUGCAUGCCAGAAUAAAGCUUUGUGAAAAUGUUUAUAUAUAGU